GUGCAUAUAAUCCCCCAGCAUGCACCGAGCACCCGCACGUCCAGAGCCUGGUUGUUGUUGCCAUGAGGACAGCGAAGCAACAGGGAAACUGAGCCGCAGCGACAUGCUUCCUCCGGAGGUUGAAUAUUUCAGAAUGGGAGGAUGAGUCUUUCUUGUUAUGAUAUGUUUGUCUGUUUCUCUCACACUGCAGGUUUUAUUUGGAUUUAUUUUUGAGAAACAGAAGGUUUUGAGGUGGACCUGACACAUCAAAAGAUGUACUCUGUUCUUUGAAUUCUCUUUGCUUGUAUCGACAGUUUAUCCAGAGAGUAUCUCAGUGGAAAAAAAUCCAUUCGCCAAUGCACUCUUGUGUUUUUUCUUAUUUUAAAAUUGUGAAAAUGGAGCUAUCACAAUGACGAGCCCUCCAGACUGAAGAGACGGCCACCAGAUGUUUGAAGGGAGCGCCAUCCACCAAUGGCUGUGUUGGGGAGCUCUCUACCUGUUGGCCGCGGGGGUGGCAUUAACAUCUGAAACACGCCGGCCGUGUCCACAGCCCUGCCGCUGCAACACCGUACUACUGGAGGUGAACUGCUCUGACGGACAAGUUACCACAGUGCCCACCGGUCUCCCGCAAGACACUAAACUACUAAACCUUACACACAAUAAGAUCAAGACUCUGGUGCGUGAGCAGUUCCAGAUUUUGACACAACUUUUAGACUUGGAUUUGAGUGACAAUAUUAUGGUGAUAAUUGAAGUGGAAGCCUUUCUCGGCUUGCAAAGUCUGAUAACUCUGCGUCUUGCUCGCAACCACCUGAAGAUUAUUCCCGCAGGAGUAUUCUCUGGUUUGCCAAAACUGAGGUUACUGGACAUAAGCAGCAACGAGAUCCUUGUUUUUCUAGAUUUUACUUUCCGUGACUUGACUGCCCUGCAGUUUCUUAAAGCGGCAGAUAAUGACUUUGUGUUCAUCUCUCAUCAAGCUUUCUCUGGCUUAACCAGUCUGCAGGAGUUGCACCUUGACGGUUGCAACCUCACCGCUGUGCCGACAGAGGCACUCACACAGCUAACUGGGCUGAGAAGUCUUCAUUUUCACCGACUGGGCCUCACCACGCUGCCAAACUACUCCUUCAAUCAUCUACAGCGUCUUAAGGAACUUGUCAUAUCUCAUUGCUCCUGGCUGGAGACCCUGUCAGGAAACAGUCUCUUUGGCCUAAAUCUUACAUCCCUCACCAUUAGACACUCUAAACUCAGUGCUGUCCCAUACAUCCCUUUGCAUCAUCUUGUAUAUCUAAUAUACCUUGACCUUUCCUUUAACCCAAUCGCCUACAUUCAUGGAAACCUGCUUGGAGACUUGCUCCGGCUCCAAGAGCUCCAUCUGGUGGGGGGUUCAUUGCUUCGCAUCGAAAUCGGAGCAUUCAAGGGUUUGGCAUAUUUCAAAGUGCUGAAUGUGUCUAGAAACCUUCUCACCACACUCGAGGUGGGAGCUUUUCAUUCAGUGGACACCCUCAAGACUCUGGGACUUGAUAACAACCCACUGGCGUGUGACUGCCGUUUGCUGUGGGUGGUGCGAAGACGACUAUAUCUGGACUUUGGUGGAAAUCGACCGACUUGCACUACCUCUGUCCAGUUGCAGGGCUGGAGUUUUCUAGAUUUCACUGAGGCUGAACUCCCAGGCCUGCUCACAUGUCGGCGACCUCGUAUCCUGAAUCGCAAACCUAAAGAAGUGAGAACAGAUCAGGGGCACACGGUGGAGUUUUACUGCAAUGCAGAAGGUGACCCUGUGCCGUCUGUCACCUGGCUGAACCCACAGCUAAAACCUUUAUCAUCCAUUGGUAGAAUACGGGCUCUCUCUAAUGGUUCGCUGGAGGUUCGCUAUGCACAACCUCAAGACAGCGGUACUUAUCUUUGUGUGGCAUCUAAUGCGGCAGGAAAUAACAGCCUGUCUGUCAGCCUGCAUGUCAGAGCCUUUCCAUCAUCUUCUAAAAACCCCUUUCGUCUUAAAGGUUGGUUUGCUUUUCCGUCUGCCUCUCCGGGUAUGAACGGAAGUCAGGAACAACUCCCAUUUGAUGUCAAGACGUUACUGAUAGCAGCGACCAUUGGGUUCCUCUCCUUUUUCAGCUCUGUGAGCAUAUGCUUCAUUUUUAUGUUCUUCUGGAGUAAGAGUAAAGGGCAAAUAAAGCACACAGCCACUAUAGCAUAUGUGCCACGAAGCGCCAUGUCAAGUAGUAAAGGAGGGACAGGCAACUAUAUGGAGACAAGCAGGUUCACCAUGAAACUAAUAUGACUCAAUAAGUUAAAAAAAUCUAAUUUUUACUUUGUGUGACUAGGUACAUGAAGAGUUUUUAAACUGAAGUAGGCUCAUUGAAUUUUAGAGCAUGUUAACUUGUCCAACAGAGGCUGACUGUUGAUUCAUUAAUAUAAAUGUGAGCAUGUUAGCUAGAGCCUAUGUUGUGCAAUUGUAAAAAAAGGACAAGACACAGUAAAUGAUGUAAUUAAUUAUGCUAAAUUACAUUUUAGGAACAUCUAACCAAGAGAUGAGCAGCACUGAUUAGCUUUAUUUUUUAUGUGAGACAGAAGCUCCUAGAAGCCUGAAUAUAAAGCAACCAAAGUAAGCAAUAUUUAAUGAGCAUAAUGCAUGUAAUAUGUGAAAUGUAAAUUGUUGCUUAUAUUGCACUUGUUGAUGUAUAUAUAGAGAAACAAUAACUUUUGUUUAUAGGCGUUCGUGGCUGACUAAUUGUAUGUUUUUUUCUUUUUGCUCAUUUGUUUUUUGAAGAACAUAUGAAAUAGUACUUAUUUAUUUACAUAAUUAUUAUGGACCUGAGACGGUAGCCAUGAGAUAACUAGAAUAUUAUAAAAGAAACGUUAACCUUAUAUUAAGGUUAAUGUACACAACACUUGCAUCAAUAAUAUCAUGUAAUUUCUACUUAAUUUCAUUAUUUAGCUUGUAUUCUAAUAUUGUCACAUCUACUGCUGUACUGUAAAUAAAAUGUGUGGAAUUUAUGUUUUUUUUUUUUUAAUUCCCCAAUAAAGAACCUAAUAGUUUUGCUUUGUGGCAUAAAAUAAAAGUGAUUGUGCUUUCAAAA